UUCUGAGGUAUCUGAGACAAAAUUUAAAUGGACAUCAUUAAUGGGCCCAGCAAAAAAAAUCUUUUUAGAAAAGUUUCCAGUAUCUUCUUUUAUCAUUGGACAACAAGAAAAGGAUAUUGAAUAUUUAUAG